AUGAGUAUUUCGCUGGUGGAAGCAUCGAACACAUCUCCAGCUAGGCAUAGGAAACUGGGUGAAGGUACAUAUGCUGUCGUGUAUCUCGGACAUCUGCGGCUGGAGCCUCAGUCUCUCGUGGCAAUCAAAAAAAUCAAAGUCAAUGCAGAAUAUCGAGACGGCUUGUCGAUGGAUGCUAUUCGUGAAGUCAAAUAUUUACAAGAAUUAUCUCAUCCCAAUGUUAUUGCUUUGCACGAUGUUUUCUCCUCUAAAGAUCGAAACCUAAAUCUUGUCCUCGAGUACCUGCCACUCGGAGACCUUGAGAUGUUGAUCAAAGAUGAGAAUAUUCAGUACGGUUUGGCUGAUAUUAAAGCGUGGAUGGGUAUGCUCGUAAGGGGCGUCUGGUUCUGCCAUGAGAAUUUUGUGAUACAUCGCGAUAUCAAGCCGAACAACUUGCUGAUCGCUUCAGAUGGAGAAGUGAAGCUUGCUGACUUUGGUCUGGCUCGUUCAUUCGCAGACCCUUAUUUAAAUAUGACACAUCAGGUCAUCACACGCUGGUAUAGACCGCCGGAACUCUUGUUCGGUGCCCGACAAUACUCUGCCGUGGUGGAUGUUUGGUCUAUAGGCAUGGUAUUUGCAGAGUUAUUGCUUCGUGUACCUUUCGUUGCUGGAAAUAGCGACAUGGAUCAAAUCGCAAAGAUAAGCGAAGCAUUCGGUACCCCGACCGAGGAGAACUGGCCCGGAGUAACGAGCUUACCUAACUAUGUGCCGCCGGGAGAUCGGGUCAAUCCCCUCCAAGGACGAGAAUUCUUUCUCCGUCAAUUUCCAACGGCGGGACCAGUUGGAGGUGAUCUUUUGAUGUCUAUGACCACUCUCGACCCGCGCAAGCGAAAUUCGACGCGCAAGAUAUUAGAGCACAGCUGGUGGAGAAGUGAUCCCAAACCAACCCCAAAGGAGGCUCUUCCAAAGAAAUCGGGGGGCUCUAAGAAAAUGGGCAAUGAUCUCUCGCGUCGGGCGGGUCAGGAUGACGACGACCGGUUCAAGAAUGCUGCCCGACAACUGGACUUCGGUGCCGUUCGAUGA